UGUAUUAGGUGCCGGUGUUAGUUUAUUUAUGUUAUGUUUUCAUGGGCUGCUGAAUAAUGACGGGGUCGUUUAAGAAAUCUUUGUUGGCCGACAAGAAAUCUAAAUCUGGUUUAUCAACUUUGAAAAAGAAACUCAACCUUCCAAAGAUUUAUAAAAGACUUGCAUCAAAACUGUCGAUACACGGACGUCAUCUUAGAGCAUUAACUUCAUCAUGGAGUUACGCGGAUAUUCAAUGUUUGGUUUCACAAUAUCAACUUGUUGCUAUGCUUAAAGAGCUUUCUGACGCUGCUGACUUGGCACGAAAACCCGCCAGCAGUGUUUCCAAUGAUUUAUUUGAGCUGCAAAAAUCUGGUUAUUUAUGUGAUUUACACCUCGUUGACGGCAACACCACUGUUGGAGUUCAUUCUGCUUUAUUUUCCAAACGAACUUCAAUGAUUCUCCCACUUGCUUAUAAAGGUGUAAACAGCCAAGCUGGAGAGGUUACAAAUGAUAAUGGAACAAAUACAAGUUGGACAACUUUGAACCCCGAGAAUGCUCACAUUUGUUUAAAUACUCCAAACAUUACUUACAAAUAUUCAACAAGCACCAGAACAGUCUCAAUAUCUUCGAACACUGAUUCCCCCACCAAUCAUGCAAAGGAAUUACUACUAACUAUAUACGGACAAAAGAAAACAAAUAUAAAGAACAGGAGCUUACUUGGAAAGUUAACAAGCAACAAAAACAAAGUCGAACCGAUGAAAAAGUUACCAAACCAACCAGAUUUCUUACCAGACACCCCACAACAGCAGGUUAAGUGUGAAGAUACAUUAGAGCUUGCUAUUUCUGCUGCUGGGAAGUUAACCUUGGACAGUCGCGAGGAAACAAAUGAUGAACAAAGUGAGUUCCUUGUGGACAUGAAGAACCUCAUGUUAUCAGCUGGCAGCACUGGAGAUAUUAGACUCGUUUUCUCACUCGCAUCACUGCCCUCUAGAUUAAGAACCCAACGACCAGGCAUAUGCUGCCAUUCCUUUGUAUUAUCUGCACGGUCUCCAUUCCUACACAGAGUGAUUCAAAGUCACAAGGAACGUAUUGACGAAGGGGAAUUCCAUGAUAUACCAUUCUUAACAAUAGAGGUUGAUUGGAAAGUGUUUUCCCCAAGGUACUUCCCCGUUGCCAUCCACGCAAUGUACACGGAUGAAGUCGACCUUCAGCGAGUAAUGAAAGAUAUAGCGCCCCCAGUGUCAAGGAAUUCAGUAGACUUGGUAUCGGAAGAGGGGAAGGACCUAACGGAGUUGAUUUUAAUCGGAAGAUUUCUCGAAUUUCCUCGUCUUGUGCAAAAAUGCGAGGACAUGCUUGUUGAAAGGUUGAACACGUCGAAUGUUGUUGAGAUAUUGCGAUGGUCGAAUAAACCGCAUGGUUCACAAUGGGUAGAAAGACAAACUAUUCGCUUUGCAAGGGAGAACUUUCAGCAGAUAUUAUCGGCUGGUGUCUACACCUCAUUCACCGAGGAGGAAUUUUGUCGAAUUAUUCGCUCGGAUUUUGUGAAUUCGCCCGAGCUUGACAUUCUACGCGGGGUGUUAAAGUGGGGCGAGCACGAGCUGGUGCGACAGAUUGAACUACGAGAACCAAAUUUGGUCAGAAGUCACAUGAUCUCUGGCAGCCAAUCAGCUCGCAACUUUCGCGUCAGCUCGGUUUUGUCGACAAGGCGACGAGAACUUUUAUUAGCUGGCAACACUGGUGAAUUACAUGAAUGUACGGCAGCACUGCUAACCCACGUUCGAAUCCGACACGUCCUACCUUCUAAUCACGAGGCUUUGGUGAAUGCUGUGAAACGAGGUGUCAUAAGUUGCCCACCCGAACAUUUAUUAGAAUGGCAUCACAACAAUGGGACAACUAAUGACAACCAGAACACCUUCUUCUGGUUAAGGGAUAAAUCCGGGUUAGGGUUUUCCCCUCCCAGGUAUUUCCCUCCACACCUACAAGAAGCUAAGAUGAUCCUUGAAGAGCGUGCCACUCAAGAAAUCACCCCCGUAAACCUACGUUCGGUACGUGCACCCCUUCACCAAAUAACCUCGGUACCAGAUGCUUUGUACAUGGUGAACAAGGUAUCACAUGAUAUACAUAGAUAUCCCGUCACUUCAUUGGCAACCAAAAGACUCAAGUAUAUCGCAAGCUCCUACCCAGUACCCCAUCCAAGUAUUACAAGCAGGUUAAUUGCAAGAGAGCGAAUAUUACGUCAAUCUGUGUGGAUUAAACAAGUAUUGCAGUCAUGUCAUUCUACGUCAGCAGGAAUUCCUCACUGUUGCGGUGCAGGACGCAAUUCAUUGGUGGAAACCAACACCUCGCUCUGCAAUUUAUGUCGAGCAGAGCAAUACAUUCGCCUCCUAGUGGUGAGGGAGGCCGAUCUUUCUGACAUCGCGACCGAUGUUUUACGUCGGCCUCAUCUUUACUACGACCCCGAUGACCUUUUGUCUCCACCAGAGGUCAGUAGCGAGGUGGUGAAACCGAAACGACUCCAAAAACUUUUCCAAAAGCGAGUUCCGCUUGAGCAACUCACAUCCAGUGUUGCCGGUUGGAGUGACGAUGAAACUUCCAGUGUUUCCAGCUGCGAUUCUAACGAUUCAAACCCAGAGUGGCCGUUUCCUUACAACGACUGUGACAUGGCACGACCCGGCAACUUAUUUUGGGAUAGCGACUCCUCGUUGACGAAGGCUCUGCGCCACGGCUCCGUGCCAGACGUUGCGGCAUCUGCGGACUCAACUUUGAAGUUGUCACGUUCUAGUAGUGACUCCGAGUCUUCUAACUCGUUGCAACAAAUACCUGAAGUACCGUCUUCAUCAAGUCGGAAAAAAUUAUCGUACGCCCAUUAUUUGAGUAUGAAAAGACCUACACGCACAAGUAGCAAUGCAAACCGUUCGCUCCCCAAUUGGCAAAACACUUCUAGCUCUUUACCGCCACCUAGGAGCAGUUUAAGCAGCCCGUUGCCGCAGCUUGUUUUAGACGGAACUUUGCCGAAAAUCGUGACAGAAAAACCGGAUCUUUACCCAACUGGUACCGAAAGCGUAACACAAACUAUCAACCAACAUAAUGUACAACAGCAUACAAAUGCUCAAGGUGCUAUAGAAGGCAACAGCAAUGAGAGAAGUGUCUCUGCUGAGCCCGGAGCCUUGUUUCUCUCCCCCCAACCUAACAAUGAAAUUCAAUAUCUUGGUGACAAAGAAACUUGUCUGUAGUAACGUCGAUUAUUUUAUAUUCUGUUUAUCUGAAACUGCUUUUCAUGCAAAGACAUGUGCAAUUCAUCACGGCAAUUGUUUCAAACACUUUGCACAAUAAAUUGUCAUUUUUUUACUC